AUGCUAUAUUAUAUUGAUAUAUUUGUAAAGAUUAGCCAAGUUCAUUUAUUCAAUAAGGAAGAGUUAAAGCUAACUAUUGCGCAGACUACAGGUGUUUAUCCUAUUGAGAGUGAAGAUUGUGAAUUGGAGAUAGUUCUAUUUGUUUCUAUAUAUAAUGAGGAGAGAGAUCCAAAUACGCAGUCAAUUUUUGAAAAGGAUGAAUAUUACAGUAUUGGUAGAAAAGUUGUGCCUGAGUAUUCUGAUAGCAAUUUAGAAUUGAAAAUAAAUUAUCUUAAGAAUAUUUUAAGGGAUCUUGGUUCAAAUCAAUGCCCAUUAAAAACUUCUUUAACUGGCAUUGCACAAAAUAUAAUGAAAGAGAUUGACGAAGAUAGAUUUAAACAUUUGAAGAGUUUUAUUCAACCAAAUGAAUCAGUUCUUUUCAUUGUUGGACAGAUCAAAGUUAUUGAAAAUAACUUAUAUGCAAAUGCUGUUGAUGAUUAUCAUUUGUCAAAAUGUGCAAAAGUAGAAGAUAAAAUGAAUAAUUAUGUUGAGCACGUAGAGUUAACUGAUAAUGAUCAAGAUUUUGUUGAUUCAUAUUGUGAUAAAGAUAAUCAUGCUAAAAAAGUUAAAGAUGUUAGAGAAAAUGUUAAAUUUGAAGAUAAAGAGAGCUAA